CGCACCCUGGAUCAGUGUUGGUUUCGGUGGUGUUAGUUGUUAGUUGAGACAAGCUCUGAUGAGUUGGUGAUAUUACAAUGCCUACAGGACAGUUGUCACCCCCGCAUACGCCACCGCCUUUGCAGCACAAGAUGUACCAGAGACCGGUGGACAUGGAAGCUGUCAGCAGCAUCCUCUCUUAUGGCUACCUGGGCAAGAAGAAGCGUGCUGCAGUAAGCAGCAGGUUGGAGUCAGCACUGCCUACUCCUCAGCCAUCAGACUCAGAUAGUGAUGAAGCUGAGCUGCCACUGAGAAAGCGACUCUGCCUUGAGGAGAGAGACUGUGAACUAGCUAGGCUCUUGAUGUCAAGCACGCCUCCUCGCACCCCAAGCCCUGCCGAGCACAAAGUCACAUCAGUUCCUGUCUCUGUCAUCAUGAAAGUCAACAAGGACGGUGUGUGCUCCUCUGAACCAUUCGCUAAGGAUUCUUCCUCCAAUGUACACGCACCCAAUGACUCCAAUUAUUCUCUCGAUGUCUGUGAUAUCUUCAACGAAAGCUAUAAUUCUUCAAUAGCAAUCAGCAAUAACACUUUACCCACUCCUGCCAACAGAUUUGUGUCUUCCCAAAAUAUAUUGAAGAGUAUUAAAUUUAAGAUGAGUACCCGCAAAGAGGAGAUUAUUGUUGAGAAUAAGGAUACUUUCCGGGAGUCUUCUGCUGUAUUGAGUGGAUGUUCUUCUCAGUCACCUGUCUCACCGCCAUCGAUGAACAUCCAUGAGACCAGCAGGCUCAAGCCUGCCCCCGCGCCACCAUCUCCUCACCGAUCACCCAGCUCCCCCCAGAGGAAUGUCGCCAUCGCUCCCAAGCCUUACUACCCGAUCGUCACUGUCCCGGACACUCAAACAGUAAUUCUCACUGGGGGAACUCUCAUACCCGUCAACAACCCGAGACCUUUCAUCCAGUCUCAGGUUUCAGGAUCAUUCAUCCCUGUGUCUGCUGCUUCCAAGGUUCCCAGCCAGACGACACCCUUGACCCAUGUCAUGCUGUCACCCCCUGGUUCGCCGGAAAUGCCCAAGAUAUGUCCAUCUUUUGUGUUCUUUGCGGCCAACUCUCCUGUUGAAGACAAAGACCCAGCGGCCGACCCAAGGCGAAGGAUCUUUGAAUGCGAGUUCGAGGGUUGCGGCAAAAACUACUUCAAGAGUUCUCACCUGAAGGCUCACAUGAGGACUCAUACAGGAGAGAAGCCGUUUGUUUGCCAGUGGCCAGACUGUGGUCGUCGUUUCUCGCGUUCAGAUGAACUCUCCAGGCACAAACGGACGCACACUGGAGAGAAAAAGUUUGUCUGCACAGUUUGCAGCCGACGCUUCAUGCGCUCAGAUCACUUGGCCAAGCACGCCAAACGCCACACCAAAGACUCCCCCCUCCCCACCUCCCCCAUGCAAAUCAGUCUUGUUAUUCCUGCUCAAGCUGCGGUUUAAAUUGUCUAUACCGACAUCACCUAAGUAUUCCUAUAAUACUCAAGGGCUUGUACAAACGCAAUAUUAGAGUUUCCCAGUCUUCCUAUUUUUACUUAAGGAGUCUUCAAAAUUGUAUCAGUUAAGGGGUCUUGAUGGGAUUUAAUUGAAUGCAUGUAGGGUUUUGUUUUCUGGGUAAUGAGUGAUACAAGGGGUUUCUCGGGGGUAUUCUCAUAUUUCAUCUAUCAUUGUCGAGCUUGUGGCCAUUAAUGUUAUGUAAUCUUUGCAAACAAGUCAAUAAAUGAUGUAUUGAUCCAGCAGAGAUAGCCAGCCAUAUCGAGAUUGCCAUUAAGUGCCAAAAGGUCAACUGUAAAAUUGAUUAGAUCAUAAAUUGAUUUCUAUCCUACAUGCAUAUUAUGUUGAGUUUGUGCAUUUCUAAAGUAAUUUUGUACCUGAAGUAUUGACGAUAGCACUAGUUUUAAGAUGUACAUUUGAUAAUUGUGAUAAUCAGAGACCUAACAGUUUGUUUUACACACUUUCUGUUCUAAUUUAAGGUUUUAUUUUGUUCCUAUUUCUUUUAUAACUUAUAAUUAUAAAAACAUAUUCCUACCAUUCCUCAUUUUUAGUAGUAGUUAUAAUUUUAUCGUGUUUUUUUUUUAUAUAAAAGCAUAAAUAAUUUAAAGAAUCAAAAUGUUUUUUUCCUGAAGUCAUAGAACAAAACUGUCAUAUUUGUGAACUUUAAACUAUUUUAUAUUUUUAAAUUGUAACUAUGAAUAUUUUUAGUCUCUUCCACUGCUUGAACAGUCAAAUAGUGAAUGGUCAGUAAUCAAAACUCCUUACAGCCUCAUCUUUGCAUAGUUACAUAGUUUUGAUAUUUCAACUUUCCUCACUCGAAUUGUGAUAUUUGUGAUUUCAAUGUUAACAGCUUCUUUGAUAGGCUUGAACUUUUCAUAUAAAACCAGACUGCAGAGUUAAUGAAGUAUUUAUUUUGAUUUUUCAGAUGUAAAUAUUGUUAUAGAUUAGAAAAUUUAUUAUUUCUAUAAACUUUGUUUAGUGUUCAAGAUGUUAUUUUGUAGGAAAUGUUUAUUUUAAUGGUCAUUUUGUUGUCGCAAUCAGACAUCACCUUAUUUAUUAAAAUGAAUGAAUUU